GUCGAAGCGGCGCGCUAUGAUGACGUAACGGGGUGCCGGCUCGCGCGGAGGGGCUCGGCAUGAGGUGAGGGCGGGAAUGGACGGGGGCGGUAACCAUGGCGACCUCGCGGCCUAGGCUGCGGCCUGCGUGAGGGGCGACCCGGGCUUUCCACGGGGAGAGGCUCGCGCCCAGCCUGAGGCGGCCUGGGGCCGUGUGCUUUGACUCAAGUGCCGAGGCCGUAUCCUCCCCGCCGUCCUUCCUCUCUUUUCCUCUCAGCUCAGUCUGAAGGAAUCCCCUCAACGCCGCUCGUGGCAGUGGGAGGGGAGGCCUCGCUGGGAGCGGCUGCGGGACGACAGAUCUCCCCAGAGCCGAUGCUGUCGUUCCUCUCGCAACGGUGCUGCUGCAAUGACUUCCAGUUGGGCCCAGCGUGGAUAUUAUGGAGAUUUGGAUACUCUGCCAGACUACUGAAAACUAAUCAUUAUAGGACAGCUGCAUCAAAUACAUCAUCUCCAGCAGUUUGGAUGCUAUUGGCGCAGCGUUCUGGCAGAAUACCUGCACUCUUUGCAGCAGUUCAGAAGAGGAGAAUUUUCACAAUGCCUGAAACGGCGCAGGAUAACACAAACCCAGAACUGUAUUCGCCGCAUCCUGAAGUGCGUGGGAUGACACUGCUCAACCGAGAGGCUUUUAAAAGGACAGUCGUCGUCCCAGCUCUUAAAGUAAAGAAAGAAAUUGUCCAUACUUUGCUGAAGUCCCUAAAACAUACGGUACUGCAGCGACCCGGUCUGAAGCGAGUGGUUGAGGAUCCAGAAGAUGAGGACAGUAAACUUGUUAUAUUGGAUCCUCAUAAAAUACCGGAGUUCUCAUUGGGAGAGUCGGAGAAAGAGGUAUUAAAACAGCUUCACGUUAGUCCUGAGGUGUCCAAGUACAAUUUGGAGCUGACUUAUGAGAAUUUCAAGUCAGAGGAGAUCUUACGAGCAGUCCUUCCUGAAGGCCAGGAUGUCACCUCUGGUUUUAGCCGUGUUGGUCACAUCGCUCACGUGAAUCUUAGAGACCAUCAGCUCCCUUACAGACAUUUGAUCGGCCAGGUUAUAGUUGACAAGAACCCAGGAAUCACCUGUGUAGUGAAUAAAACCAGUAUUAUUGACAGCACAUACAGAAACUUUCAAAUGGAAGUUCUUGCAGGAGAGAACAACCUGGUAACCAAGGUCAAAGAAAAUAACUUCACAUAUGAAUUGGACUUUGCUAAAGUGUACUGGAACCCCCGACUUUCCACAGAACACGGCCGUAUCGUUGAGCUUUUAAAGCCUGGUGAUGUCCUUUUCGAUGUCUUUGCUGGGAUUGGACCAUUUGCUAUUCCAGCAGCAAGGAAAAAGUGCGUUGUAUUUGCAAAUGAUCUCAAUCCAGAGUCCUACCACUGGCUGCUGCACAACUGCAAGCUAAACAAAGUAGACAACAAAAUAAAAGCAUUCAACAUGGAUGGCAGGGACUUCCUCCUGGGGCCAGUGAGAGAAGAGCUAAGGAAAGAGCUCACACUUGCAAAAGAGCAGAAAACAGCUUUUCAUAUAGUCAUGAACUUGCCAGCUUUAGCUAUUGAAUUUCUGGAUGUUUUCAGGCAUCUCUUAGUCGGAGAGCCCUGCAGCACUGCUGUCCUCCCCACAGUGCACUGCUAUGGUUUCUCCAAACACGAAAACCCAGCCAAAGACAUCCAGGAACGGGCUGAGGCUGCGCUGGGAGCCUCCCUGGAGGGACGCUGCUCUACUUACCUGGUUAGAAACGUUGCUCCAAACAAGGAGAUGCUGUGCAUAACUUUCCAGAUUCCAGCAGACGUGCUGUACAAGAGGCCCUGCCCUGCUGGAGAAGAACCAGCCCCUAAGCGUCUGCGUACCUGCAAAGCUUUUACUGAAGAAGACUUACAGAGCUGAAAACCAGAGUUGUGGUAAUGACCUGAUCAGUUUGCAGUAGGUGUGCUUAGGUUACCUCCAGUCCUCCCCUUCAGUUGUUACCCACCUCAGGUGUAGAUGCACCGUGUGCUAUAACCUUCCUUUGUGAGCACUGCUUCCUGUAUUAAUUUUUUUUUUAAUUGUGGGAUCAAUUACCAGAGUGAUACUGUUCUUCUUACUGCAGUACAUAAAACUUCACUGUUUUUGUACAAAAA